AUGGACACCUGCCGCGAACAAAUCCUCGCCAACCUCAAAGUCAUCCGCCCCUCGCUGACCCGUACUGGCAACGAUCUCGAAGUCAUCACCGCUCGCGCAAGUUUUGGAGGAGUCUACUACAACGCUUGGGUCUUCUCCUGGAGCGAGCCACCACUUCCAAUCCUCAAAGGUCCCAACAGCACCUCAAGCAAGAAAGCCGUCGAAGCUCUGCUGGAGAUGACGUCCGAUCUGGUUGCUCUCGGAUGUAAGGACGCUAUCAAGGAUUUUGAGGCGCAACUCAGCCAUCAGCCACAAGCCAUCACGAUUAUGGACGACUGCCGCAACCAGAUCAUGGAGAACAUGAGCGUCAUUCGCCCAUCUUUCGAGCUCUCAGGCAUCAAGAUCAUCACUUCGUUCGACGGAUACCACCACGUCGCCUGGCUCUGCACGGUCAGCGAUCCACUCUAUCCACACAUCAAAGGACCGCAGUCGACCUCGGCCGUGGCUGCAAUGGAGGGUCUGCUGAAGACUACCUCGGAACUGGUUGCGCUCAAGUACGGAGGUGCUUUCAGAAAGAUUGAAGCAACGCAAUACAGCUACGUCUCGCCCAAGGGGUUUGUGUCUAAGACCCUCAGUACUGGGAUCAUGAAGGAUCUUUGA